AGUUUGAAGAAAAAUAAAAUCUCUCCUUCUCUCAAUUUCUUUGACUAUAUCUCUUGUUACAUUUCUAUUUAGGAUUAAUUCAUACAAUAAGAUAUAAACCCAAAGACCAAAGCUCAAAUUUAAUUCCGUAUUUCUUCUUUAUCUGAUUUAUCUAAAAUAUGAUACUUGUUUAUUUCAUCCUAUCAGUUUUUCUACAGCUUAGUUCAAAUUCUGCCACUAAUGAGAAUUUUGAAAUUUAUGUUGGUUGUGACAUGCCCAAAUCAGAUGUGGACCUAGUAGAAUUUUGAUUAAAUUUGGAGUACUUGUAAGCUGAAUUUUUCUUGUGAGGUUCUUCGGGAAAUGGUUUGAAAAAAUUCGCACCAGAAUUUGCUGAUAGUUGGCCGCCACCUAUUGAUGCUCAAAUUGCAAAACUUAGCCCUCUCAUAAGAGAUGUCAUAACCUAGUUUGGAUUCCAAGAAGUCGGACAUCUCCGAUUUUUUUCCAUCUCAUAAUCUUAUAUUGAUUCUCAUGAUUUUCUUAUUUAAUAUGAAUAAGUAAAAAAUAGUCAUCAACAUUCUAUAAGGGAUGUCUUUGAAUUUAUGAAGCUCUAUAGUCGAAUUAUACUGUCACUGAUCUUACCACUACCUCUGAUAACGAGAAUCCAGAUCCUAUGACUAACUCGGAAAGAUCGAGAGGAUAUUUCCAAGACCUUUAUGCUCCGAAUGUCUAAAUCCUAUUAUUUAGCUCUAGAUGGUAACAACCGUAAGCUAAUGUUUAAAUGUUUCACUUCCAGAGCAGGAGAUGUUCAAAAUUGGUGCAAAACUUAACAUUAUAAAAUUUGGCAGAUACAAGUUCCAUUAUUGGGCAUGACAAGUUAAUUUUCUUUCUUUCCGUAGCCAAUAUUCCACCCCCACCCAUGCCCUUCACACCUCGACAACCUCCAUAUCAAUGUCUGAUAAUGUUUUGCUUAUAUUAUAUAUAAAUGCUUUUGGGAUAAUAAAUAUUGAAACAUGGUAACAAUGCCACUUAAUUUUAGCUCACAUAUCUCAUACAUCCUUCUCAAAUCAUAGGUGUAGUUCACUUUUAUCUCCUAAUCUAGUCUAUAUAUUAUGUCGUACUAAUUGUGUUUCAUUCUAUAUGAAGGUAUUUCACCAUCAUGAUAUUUAAGAAUUUUUUAUUAUUAUUUUGAUCUACAAUGUAUUCAAUUUUUGUAACUAUUAAAUUACAUAAUUGAGGUUGGAAUGGAAAGGUUACAUUAAAUUCGUUAUUUGUAGAAUAUAUAAUUGAAAAUAAUAAUGUAAUAAUUGAUGCAGGGCCAUUAAAGAUACAAUAACAGGAUUCCCAAGGCUACUAAUAAAUCUAAGCAGAGAAUCAUUUGAAACAGUGAUGGAUGAUGCAUUUGGACAUCCAUUAAAACCAACUUUUGAUGCUUAUGCUAAUGACAUCAACUAUCUUCUUGCCUCCUAUGUAAUACCUUAUGUUGGACUCACCGUAUAUGUUGGCGCUAAUCCUAAACUCCAAACAUCUACUGCCAAAAGACUAGUUGCAGGAUUACUUGGAGUCGAAUCAGGUCAAGACGCUGUUCUAAGAGCAUUACUUUAUGAGCGAGGAAAAGAGAAGGUAGAACCCUACGGGAUUAUGGUAAAAGAGUUCACAAAUCGAAUAUCAAAGCUGAGGAAGAAAAUGGGACGCCAUGGAAUUAAAGAUGAAGGACUUAAUGUGAAACCGAAAGUAGGUGCUGAAGGGAGGAUAAGGGGAAAUGUACUUGCAGGGGACAAGUACUUGACGGCCUUCGACAAAACGCCGAAGGAAAUAUUAAGAAUAGUGUAUGGAAGUGGAAAAGAGAAUAAACCUGGUGGAUUUUAUCCAAAGGGAGCGGAAGAGCGGAUAGCAAAAUCAUAUCUUAGGCAUGGGGACUAGCUAUUUAAAAAAAUACAAAAUUAUUCCUUACUUCCUGAAAAGUAAAUAAAAAUAAGUGAGUUAUAAAGUGGGUACUAAAAGUGAUGUUGGGAUAUUAUAUUUGUGUUAAAUAUUAAUUUAUCUUAUGAAUCGUA